AGCAUGAAAUCGUUUGUGAUUUUAGUCGCCCUUCUGGCCGCUGCUUCCAGCGCGGAAUGGAUCGAGAUCGAUUGGUCCAAGGUGCGUCCGAUCGAGGAGUUCGACCACUACUGGGCGCGUCUGCCGGCUGAGUAUCAGUUUCUACGCAACAUGAACCGAACGAACCGCAUCACCAACGGACAGGAAGUGACACCCGGCCAGUUCCCGCACCAGAUUGCGUUGCUUAGUGAAUAUGCAACGAGUACUGGACUUUGUGGAGGAUCUAUAUUGACUCGGAACACUAUCCUGACCGCUGCUCACUGCGUCGUGUCCGGACCGUCUACACUGGCCUCGGGAGGUGUCGCCAUCAUGGGAGCGCACAACCGUAACGUUCAGGAGUCAACUCAGCAGCGCAUCCGCUUCGCCACGAGUGGAAUUCGGGUUCAUCCGCAGUACAACCUUGCCAGUAUCCGGAAUGAUAUUGCCACGGUGCGCCUCAACUCGCCGAUGACGUUCACUACACGAAUCCAACCCAUCCGUCUACCGGGUCGCUCGGACACUCGCCAGUUCGGAGGGUUCACCGGUACCGUGUCUGGAUUUGGACGCACUUCGGACGCCAGCACUGCUACAUCGGCUGUGGUUAGGUUCACCACUAACCCGGUGAUGACAAAUGCGGACUGCGUUGCUCGCUGGGGUACCACGAUGGUUCAGAACCAGAAUGUGUGUCUGAGCGGAGCGGGAGGACGCUCGGCCUGUAACGGUGAUUCUGGUGGUGCACUCACAGUACAGUCUGGUGGAACCUUGCAGAUCGGUGUGGUGUCCUUUGUGUCAGUGAACGGCUGUGCUGUUGGUAUGCCCUCGGUGUAUGCUCGCGUGUCAUUCUUUUUACCCUGGAUCGAGGCUAACUCGGACUUUGUUGCGCAGCCGUAAACUGAAAAUGAACUG